AUGACCUUGAAGCCAAGUCAAAUCGAAGACAUCAAUAUGCCAGGACUGUCCCAGUCGUUCCCAUCUCUACCCGUCCCAGACAAGGAAGGGGUGUUUCACAAUGAUUCUCCUAUGAAGCCAGAUGCCUCUCGACAAGCAUUACCGGCGCCGGUUAUACGCAUCCUGGCUCCAACACCAGAGGACGAGGAGCACGGUAGCGAGCCUCUGGCUGUGCGCCUAGCAACCUUGGCACUCAAUAGCCAUCAUGACGAACCAGCUCAGGACGGAUCCAGAUCGUCGCGCCAACCAUGA